AUGUACAAAAUUGGAAAAGCGUUCUCUAAUGAGCCUGUUGAUGAACACGUUCAUUUAAUUAUUCAGCAUAAGUAUUCUGUGCCAUCAACCUCUAUUGUUGAGAGGAUUAAUGAACUUGAGAAAACGUUAAAAUUAAUGCGGUCCAGCUUGGUUGUCGAUAAUCUCCAAGCUGAUAUGAUUAGUACCAAAUUCAUCAGGAUUUCCGAUUCAGAGCAAGUUGAACGCUGGCAAAUAGCAUAUGAGAGUUCGGCGGCUUUGUGCUUUCGUGACCGUUAUGGUGAAGGUGAUAAAAGAUAUGCCAUGUUUAACAAUCGAUCUGUAAACAUCUAA